AUGUUUAAACUAUUAUUUUUAAUUUUGGCAUUUUCGGUAUUCAGUGAGUGCGUAUUCUUGUUUUCGAGUUUUUGGGCGCCCUUGUUUGAUCGAAAGAUUUUGAAUUACCGCGUCGACGCAAGAUUUGACCCCGACGUCGGGAGGAACAACAGGGAGGAAUAUCAACAAAAAAACGGCUACAGAGGAAAGGACUUGAUAGCCGACUUGGGGAAUGGAAAGGGACCGGAUAGUCGAUCUAAUAAGGACUAUGGCGAAUUGAAGUUAUACUACACAAAGAAAUAA